GAAGAUAGCUGUGAGAGGAGGUCCGGUGGUUGUUCGAUCGCUAGAUUCGCUGGGUCUCGCAUAUCUCCAGACAUCCGCUCCUUCACUGGUUGUUUGGAUGUGCUAUCUGCUGGGGUCUCGCAUCAGAUCUGCGCAUCUUUUUUUUGGAUUUAAGUUUGGAGCGCAGCAGUCCAAAGCCCAAGCUGGAUAUUUUAUUCUCCAAAUUUUAAAUCCACAAACGGGAAAGCUGCGGUGAGUCCAGUUUUCACUGAAUAUUUCAAGUGUUUUAUGUUAUUUUAUUUUUAACCCCCUUCCAAAAAAAAAAAGAAAUUAAAAAAAAUGUCUUGUACGAGUGGAUUUGACAGAGGAGUAAUAUGCAAUUACUGUAAGAAGCCCGGACACUUGAUCAAAGAAUGUAGAAAAUUGUUGUUCAAAAAUCAAGGAAAUCAGCUUGCUCAUGUUGCUUCCGCUACCAGUUCAUCCGAUGGAUCAAUUGCUAUUUCUUCAGACGAGUAUGCCAAAUUUAUUUGCUACCAAGAAACUCUAAAGCAUUCCUCUGUCCCUAUCUCGGUAACCGCUAAUUCAGGUAUUUCAAACACGUGUCUUGUUUCCUCAUCCUCGAAAUGGGUCAUUGACUCAGGUGCCACAGAUCAUAUGACCUGUAAUCUUAGUAUAUUCUCGUCAUUUCAUUCAUAUUUACCUACUUCUAGUGUCACUUUAGCUGAUGGAUCUACCUCACCCGUUCUUGGAUCUGGUACUGUUGUUCCAACUUCUACAUUACCAUUAUCGCCUGUUUUGAGUCUUCCUAAUUUUGCAUUUAAUCUGCUUUCCAUCAGUAAAAUCACUCGUACUCUUAACUGUUCUGUAACAUUUUUCCGCGAUAUUGUGUGUUUCAGGAUCUGUUAACGAUGCAGAUUAUUGGUAAAGGACAUGAGUCAGCUGGUCUAUAUAUUUUGGAUACAUCCAUCACCAAAGGUAUCUCUUGUCUUGGGGUUGGGACUUUGUUAGAUGCUCAUUACCGAUUAGGACAUCCAUCUCUCCCAUUAAUGAAGCAAAUAAAUCCCCAAUUUAAUAAGAUGACCUCUUUACAAUGUGAGUCAUGUCAAUUUGCGAAACACCAUCGUACUAGCUUAGGCCCGCGAGUUAAUAAACGAGCAAAUGCUCCAUUUGACCUUGUUCACUCUGAUGUUUGGGGUGCUUGCCCGGUUGUGUCUAAAGCUGGUUUUAAAUAUUUUGUUACCUUUGUUGACGACUAUUCUCAUAUGACAUGGUUGUAUUUCAUGAAACGUCGAUCUGAGUUGUUCACUCAUUUUUCUUCCUUUUGUGCCGAAAUUAAAACUCAGUUUAACGUUCCUGUUCGGGUGUUAAGAGGAGACAAUGCCCAAGAAUAUCUAUCUGCUACAUUUAAGUCAUUUAUGCUUCAACAUGGCAUUAUUCAUCAAACUUCAUGCGUUGAUACACCUCCUCAAAAUGGAGUUGCGGAACGAAAGAACCGACAUCUGUUAGAAACUGCAAGAGCUCUUCUAUUCCAAAUGAAUGUGCCUAAACAGUUUUGGGCAGAUGCUGUGUCUACUGCAUGUUUUUUGAUAAAUCGAAUGUCAUCUUCUGUUUUGAAUGGUAAAGCUCCUUAUCAUUGUCUAUUUCCAAACAGAGAGCUUUUUCCUAUCCCACCUAAAAUAUUUGGUUGCACUUGUUUUGUUAGAGAUGUUAAUCCUCAUCUAACAAAGUUAGAUCCGAAAUCAUUAAAAUGUAUUUUCUUGGGUUAUUCUCGAGUCCAAAAGGGGUAUAGAUGUUUUUGUCCGAGUACUGAUCGGUAUCUUGUUUCUAUUGAUGCAUCAUUUCAUGAAAAUACACCUUUUUCAUCAUCUAAGGCAGAUAUUCAUGAGAGUAAUGAUGAUAUUCUCAUUUACACGAUGACUAUUCCUGAGUCCACACUUUCGACAAAUAUUCCACAAGUUACUGUUCAUGACCCUAGGCCUCCCGUACAUUUGGUAUACACCCGUCGACACAAAGCACCUGAUCACCCUCCACCGGCGAUACGUGUGAUUACUUUUCUUGAUACUAGUUCGACUCCGAUCUCAUGUCUUGAACCAGUAUCUGCAUCUUCAGAUCUUGUUUCCACAUCAGAUCUUGAUCUCCCAAUAGCAGUACGUAAAGGUACACGGUCUUGUACUCAUCCUAUUUCUUCAUUUGUGUCGUACAAUCAGUUAUCUCCUGCUUCAUGUUCUUUUAUUGCUUCCAUUGAUUCUAUUUCUGUUCCCAAAUCUGUCAAAGAAGCUCUGUCUCAUCCUGAAUGGCGUCAAGCCAUGGUAGAGGAAAUGAAUGCUUUAGAUCUUAAUGGUACAUUGGAUUUGGUUGACUUACCUACAGGGAAGAAAUCUAUUGGAUGUAAGUGGAUCUUUGCUGUUAAGGUUAACCCAGACGGAUCCGUUGCUCGGUUGAAAGCCCGAUUAGUUGCGAAGGGUUAUGCUCAAACCUAUGGUGUUGAUUAUUCUGACACUUUUUCUCCUGUUACUAAAUUAACAUCUGUCAGGUUACUUAUCUCACUCGCUGCAAUUCAUGAUUGGCACUUACAUCAAUUGGACAUUAAAAAUGCAUUUUUGAAUGGUGACCUUAAGGAAGAAGUCUAUAUUGAGCAACCUCCGGGAUUUGUUGCUCAGGGGGAGUAUGGUAAAGUUUGUCGACUUCGCAAAUCUCUUUAUGGUCUGAAACAGAGUCCUCGUGCAUGGUUUGGGAAAUUCAGUUAAUCAAUUGAACAAUUUGGAAUGAUAAAAGGCAAAUCAGACCACUCUGUAUUUUACAAACAAACAUAAUCAGGUGUCACAUUGCUUGUGGUAUAUGUUGAUGAUAUUGUGAUUACAGGGAGUGAUAAUGCAGGUAUUUUGGCCCUUAAGAAUUUUCUGCAUAGUCAAUUUCAGACGAAAGAUCUUAGCUCUUUGAAAUACUUUCUGGGAAUUGAGGUAACACGAAGUAAGAAAGGCAUAUUUCUAUCUCAACGUAAAUAUGUACUUGACUUACUAGCUGAGACAGAGAAAUUAGGGGCAAAACCAAGUACAACACCCAUGGUUCCCAACGUGCAACUCACUCAAGAAGGCACACCGUUUGAAGACCCAGAAAGAUAUAGAAGACUGGUUGGAAAGCUUAAUUAUCUCGCAGUCACCCGUCCAGAUAUUGCUUAUUCUGUGAGUGUAGUGAGUCAAUACAUGUCAUCUCCGACCAUUGAUCAUUGGGCUGCUGUAGAACACAUAUUAUGUUACUUAAAGGGAGCACCAGGACGAGGUAUUGUUUAUCAAAACCAUGAUCACAUGAGAAUAGAAUGCUUUGCAGAUGCUGAUUGGGCCGGUUCUAAAGAUGAUCGAAGAUCUACAUCUGGCUAUUGUGUCUUUGUUGGUGGUAAUCUUGUAUCCUGGAAGAGUAAGAAACAGAAUGUGGUUUCUCGUUCUAGUGCUGAAUCAGAAUAUCGAGCUAUGGCACAAUCCGCAUGUGAGAUAAUAUGGAUACACCAUUUAUUGAAUGAAAUUGAAUUGAAGACACCAAUGCCUGCUCAGUUGUGGUGCGAUAACCAAGCUGCUAUACACAUAGCAAACAACCCCGUAUUUCACGAGAGAACAAAGCAUAUUGAGGUUGAUUGCCAUUUUAUUCGAGAGAAGAUACAUAAAGGAUUAAUCUCUACCGGGUAUGUGAAGACUGGAGAACAACUUAGAGAUUUAUUCACUAAAGCUCUAAAUGGGAUUCGAGUUGAUUACUUAUGUAACAAGUUGGGCAUGAUAAAUAUCUAUGCUCCAACUUGAGGGGGAGUGUGAAAGUAUUAUUGUAUCUAGGAAUAUGUUUUAGGAAUAUGCUCUAGAAUAUGCUUUAGGAAUAUACACUAGACAUUAUUAUUGUAUAGCAUCUUAUAUAGGAAUAUUCCAUCUUUGUAAUAUAUAUAUAUAUAUAUAGGGC